AUGAAGGACGCAAAGCCCAUACUCUACAGCAAUGAUGCCGUUGCUGAGGCCGUGACCACGUAUUCCGAGGCGCACUCGCUGGAUCUGCCCAAAUGGCUCAUCGACUAUCAUGCGGAUGUCUGCCGAAACAAUACCAACAGUAAUCUCAUGAUAUCUACAUACCAAGCGCGCUCUCUGGUAUGGCUUGCGAGACUCAUUGAUGCCAAGAGAGUUCUCGAGAUUGGUGUCUACCUAGGGUUUUCCACAAUGACAUGGUCUCACGCUGUCGGGCCCUCGGGAACCGUGACAGGCCUCGAGUUCAAUCCCGAGUUUGCACAGCGAGCCGAGGCAGCCUUUGCAUCCAACUCACUGAGCAACAUCACCCUCAAAGUGGGCGACGCUUUGGCUGCGCUACCGGCCCUAGAGACUCCCGGCGGCGAGCCCUACGACGUUGUCUUUGUCGACGCCCAAAAGUCGGGCUACGUGGCGUACCUGCAGACGGUGCUCGACCGGUCGCCGGCGGGCGCCCCCGCGGCGCAGAGGCUCCUGCGCAAGGGCGGCCUGCUCAUUGGCGAUAAUGCUCUCCGGCGCGGACUCGUGGCCGACGACUCGGCGGCGAACCCGCACCGGCCCACCGAGCCCGGCGCCGCGGAGGGCGAGGAGUACAAGGGCCAGCACGACGAUGUUGGCAAGAUGCGCGAGUUCAACGACGCGGUCAAGGCCAAUCCUCGGUUGGAACCAUUUUUGCUGCCUCUGUGGGACGGCCUGGUCCUUGCUAGACUGGUGGAUUAA